GUUGGCAGAGUUUUGUGGGCGCUGCUGUCCGUGAGUUGCACGGUGCAGGCCGAGGAGGCUCCAGCAGCUGGGCACCAUAUCGAAGAGGGAGCCGUCCUCCACAGCCAGCGCUGGUUUUCCGAGGAGUGGAGGAAGAAGUUCAACGCCGGAGAU